AUGGCUUCGGAAACGGCCCUCUACAAACUCUCAUCUGAUAACCACAGCCCGAUGCCAGUGCAACCCUCCCGCCACCACCUUGUUCAGCCACUCAGGACUGUCCUUCCACAUCCCGCCAUCGCCGCUGCUGUUGAGUCCUCUGCUGCUAAACCUGCUAAAACGAAGUUGGGUCUUUCAAGAACUGCAAAUGGGUCUUCGUUGACAACCAAGGACAGGCACACUAAAGUCAAUGGCCGGGGCCGCCGAGUGAGAAUACCGGCUUUGUGCGCCGCCCGGGUGUUCCAGUUGACGCGGGAACUUGGCCACCGCUCUGACGGGGAGACUAUCGAAUGGCUUCUCCGCCAAGCCGAACCUGCUAUCAUCGCCGCAACCGGCACUGGUACUGUCCCUGCUGACAACAUUUCCACCGCCCCCACCAUUCCCCUGUCUCGCUCUCCCGCUUCUGUACAGGCUCCGGUGAAUAAGGUGCUGCAACCAAUGCUUCCGCCGAGCUGUAGGCUGGACCUCUGCCAGUCGUCGCCGCCGCCGCCACCAAUGGGGCUGGAGUUUGAUCCCAAUGCGUAUCGCCAUAUGCCGUUCACGGCUCUGCUACUGCAGCCUGCGGUUGAAGAGGAGGAGGAGGAAGCAGAAGAGAGGCACCGUGGAGUAGUUGAGGAUCAUUAG